UUAUUACUUUCUUCACCUUUUUUACCUCUACCAACCCUUUACCAUAACCCAUAUCUCUCCCUCCCAACCGCGAAUACAAUCUGCCCAAGAUGUCUAUCCCUGCCUUCGCCGAUAUUUCCAAGUCGGCAAAUGACUUGUUGAACAAGGACUUUUACCACCUCUCCGCCGGUACUAUCGAGGUCAAGAGCAACACUCCCAACAAUGUUGCCUUCAAGGUCACUGGCAAGAGCAGCCACGAGAAGGCCACUAGCGGUGCUAUCGAGGGCAAAUACACAGACAAGUCUCUCGGCCUUACCCUAACCCAGUCCUGGAACACGGCCAACGCCCUUGACACCAAGGUCGAGCUUGCCGACUCCCUCGCCAAAGGUCUCAAGGCCGAGACCAUCUUCUCAUUCCUCCCUGCUUCCCAGAACAAGGGAGUCAAGCUCAACCUCACCUUCAAGCAAUCCGCUUUCCACGGCCGAGCUUUCUUCGACCUCUUGAAGGGCCCUACCGCUAACGUCGACGCUGUCAUUGGCCACGAGGGUUUCCUCGCUGGUGCCUCUGCCGGCUAUGAUGUCCAGAAGGCUGCUGUCACUGGCUACAGCGCCGCCGUAGGUUACAUUGCCCCCCAGUACAGCGCCGCUGUCACUGCCACCGACAACCUCAGCGUUUUCGCCGCCAGCUACUACCACAAGGUCAACAGCCAGGUCGAGGCCGGUGCCAAGGCCGCCUGGAACUCCAAGCGAGGAAACAAUGUUGGCCUUGAGGUUGCCAGCAAGUACCGUCUCGACCCUGUCUCCUUCGCCAAGGCCAAGAUCAACGACCGUGGUGUUGCCGCCAUCUCUUACAACGUCCUCCUCCGCCCUGGUAUCACCAUGGGCCUAGGUGCCUCUUUCGACACCCAGAAGCUCGAGCAGGCCACCCACAAGGUUGGCGCCAGCUUCACCUUCGAGAGCUAAAUGGACUAGUUUGAGAAUAAGGAGUGGUAGAUUGGACGAAUUCUGGACGAACGAGUUUUCGGGAAAUAGAUGUCCAACGCCAUAAUGCCAUUACGGUGUGUACACCUAUACAAAAACGGGCGGGGGUUGUUUUCGUGCUAGGUGAGGUGAGAGAGGGGUGGAUCUCUUGAAUGUAGAUUAGAACCUCUCGGACGUCAAAAAGUCGAUCAAUGGUAAUACCCUCAUGAUAUUGAAUGGACA